UUGUCCGACCUGAGACCGGCAAAAGCUGACAGCCAGUCGAAAAUCUCGCUGCACGGGUGUUCGUUACUCUUUCCAAGCGUCGUGUUCUUAACUUUUCCGUGCUUUGUAGAGAUCAUUUGUGCCCGAGCAUCGUAACAAGUGGACGUUUGUCGGUCCUACAACGGUUUAUUUCUCAUUCGUUUGAAUUCGCGUCGCAAGUUCGCGUAUCGUCGCAGCCAUGGUCGUCGGUGCUAAAAUGAUGAACGUCAGGGUGACGACGAUGGACGCCGAACUGGAGUUCGCGAUCCAAACGACGACCACCGGGAAACAACUCUUUGACCAAGUUGUGAAAACGAUCGGACUACGCGAGGUGUGGUUUUUCGGGCUUCAGUACACCGACAACAAGGGCGAUCUGACGUGGAUUAAACUGUACAAGAAGGUGGUUCCGUGCGGCCCUCGAAAAUUCUGGCACGUGAUGAACCAGGAAGUCAAAAAGGAAACUCCGUUGCAGUUCAAGUUCCGUGCCAAGUUCUACCCCGAAGACGUUGCGGAGGAAUUGAUUCAAGACAUUACUUUGCGUCUGUUCUAUCUUCAGGUGAAAAAUGCCAUUCUCACGGAUGAAAUCUACUGUCCCCCGGAAACAUCUGUAUUGUUAGCCUCCUACGCGGUACAAGCGAGACACGGAGAUUUCCAAAAAGGUACGCACACUGCCGGUUUUUUGAUUAAUGAUCGUUUGCUGCCACAACGUGUCAUGGAUCAGCACAAGAUGAGCAAAGAAGAGUGGGAAAGUUCGAUCACCAAUUGGUGGCAAGAACAUCGUGGAAUGUUACGCGAAGAUGCUAUGAUGGAAUAUUUAAAAAUUGCUCAGGAUUUGGAAAUGUACGGUGUGAACUAUUUCGAAAUUCGUAAUAAAAAAGGUACGGAUCUCUGGUUAGGCGUGGACGCUUUGGGUUUAAACAUAUACGAGAAAGACGACAAAUUGACUCCGAAAAUUGGUUUCCCAUGGUCCGAAAUUAGGAACAUUUCGUUCAACGAUAAGAAAUUCAUAAUUAAACCGAUCGACAAAAAAGCGCCGGACUUUGUCUUCUUCGCGACUAGAGUUAAAAUUAACAAACGAAUUCUGGCGCUGUGUAUGGGGAACCAUGAACUUUACAUGCGUAGGCGUAAACCUGAUACGAUCGAUGUGCAACAGAUGAAGGCUCAGGCGAGGGAAGAGAAAAUUGCAAAGCAACAACAGAGAGAGAAGUUACAGUUGGAAAUAGCCGCGAGAGAACGCGCAGAGAAAAAACAGCAAGAAUACGAAGAAAGACUCAGAAAUAUGACGGAAGAAAUGGACAGGCGGCAAGCUGAACUAAACGAAGCACAGGAAAUGAUACGGCGUUUAGAAGAACAGCUCAAACAAUUACAAGCGGCUAAAGAGGAGCUAGAAGAUCGUCAGAAAGAGCUCACAGUCAUGAUGGAGAAACUUGAACUGUCGCACGAAAUGGAAGCGGCGGAGCGUGCUAAACUCGAACAAGAAAUAAGAGCCAAGCAAGAAGAAGUGCAACGUAUACAGUCUGAAGUGGAGGCGAAAGAUGCAGAAGCGAGAAGACUGCAGGAAGAAUGCGAAGCAGCCAAGUUGAGGCAAGAAGAAGCUGAUAGGGCGUAUCAGGCCAGUACAACGCCUCAUUAUCAUCACGUUGAAGAGAACGAGGAAGGCGAAGAGGAAGGCGAAGACGAGAUUCCUCACGGCGAUGUUACUAAAGAUCUUGCAACCGACGAGUCAAUAAUCGAUCCUGUCGAGGAACGGCGUACUCUAGCAGAAAGAAAUGAACGUCUUCAUGAUCAGCUUAAGGCAUUGAAGCAAGAUCUAGCACAGUCACGCGACGAAUCAAAAGAAACUGUUAUGGAUAAAAUCCACAGGGAAAACGUCCGUCAGGGUCGCGACAAAUAUAAAACGCUCCGUGAGAUUCGUAAAGGCAAUACUAAGCGUCGUGUCGAUCAGUUUGAGAAUAUGUAAAUUAUAUAUCCGUUUGCCUAUUUGUCUAUUCGCCUGUCCAUUUCAUCCUGCCUUUAAAUUCUCCUCCAAUAUUCUCUACGAGGACAAUUUUUUGAAAACUUGUCAGAUAUUAUUUUAGAGUAAUAUUUUUUCUUUUCCUUUUUUUUUUUUUUUUUUUUUUUUUAUUUUAUUAUUUUUGUUUUGAGAUGCUCUUCGAGUAACGAACCACUUCCAAUUUACAACGAUGUAAAGUUUAUAGCGUGUAAUUGCUAUUUUUCGACGUUGAUUCUGUACUCUCGAGUACAGUAGAAGCUUUUUCACAAAUAGCAAGGAACGCGACGAGCGACCAACUUGCGCCGUCUUCCAUUCAUGCUACCACAGUGUGUCCGCUGUUAAGCAGUUUUUCGUAAAAAAUAAUAUUCGUGUACAGGGUGUUCCACCUAAAUAUCUGAUUCGAUUGUGGCGAUACAAAAAAUAAUUUGUGUGCAAUUUAAAUGUUAUUGGAAGACCAAUGCCUUGCAAAGAACAUUUUAUUUUUCGCAUAUAAGUGCAUAUUUUUGUUUAUUGUGUCUGUAUGUUCAAAUACGUUCCAAUAUAAAAUCGUCUUCGACUUGGAAAAUUAAAAUCAAACUUGAAAUUAAAAAAUAUAUAUAUAUCUGCAUUAUAUUAGUUUCUGGAUAACAUUUAAAUAUUUUUUAUGGUACACCAAUUGGUGGAAAUGUUUAGAUGGUUUAGAUGAGACAUCCUGUACAUAUAUAUACAUAUAUAUAUAUAUAUAUACAUAUAUAUUUUGUUUAAUAGAAGUAAAUUUUCUUGCUAUUUUAGCAGCGAAAUAUUUAAAGUAAUUUGAUAAUAACUGCGUUAGCUAACGUUGUUUUUUUUUUUUUUUUUAACAAUCCUUGCUAAAAUAACAAGAAAAUUUGUUACAUAAUUUUUGAAUAUUAUUUUAAAUUUGCCCAUUACAUACGAAUUUCUAAACACCGACGCAUCAGUAUUUUCUUUCUCAAAGUAUUGCUGUCGGUCAUCGAGCAUAACAUACAAUCUGUCCGAAAAUAUUCAAAUAAGAGUAUACUUUUAAUAAUUAUGUAUUUUACUUAAACAUACAGCAAAGAAAUAGAAUAUUUCAUGCUGUGUUACCGCAUACUUUCUAAGUUUACGAAAAUGCAAAUACUUGUGAUCUAUUAUACAGGGUGUUUGGGAAAAAUUUUAAUGGGGGAUUCUAGAGGCUAAAAUAAGACGAAAAUCAAGAAUAUCAAUUUCUUGAUCGAGGCUUCGUUAAAAAGUUAUUAACGUUUACAGUUGCGCCUAUGAGACGGCAACCGUGCGCGCUGCACACUUUAACUUUAAACGUUAAUAACUUUUUAACGAGGCCUCGAUCAACAAAUUGGUAUUCUUCAUUUUCGUCUUAUUUCGGCCUCUAGAAUCUCCCAUUAAAAUUUUCCCAGGGAUGGCCGAGCACUCUGCAUAUAAUUUUUUGAGUAAUAGGAGAGAAUUGAAUUUAUAAAAUUAAAAAUAGAAGUUUUUGAUCGAGGAUUAAUAUUUUCUGGGGUAUCGAUUUUGUUGCAAAGUUUUUUUGAAAUACUUGAAAAUGUAUCGCAAUUUAUUGAAUGUUUCAUGUAAGUUUUGCAGAAACCACUGAGAUCAUUCAAAAGUUCUUGUUAAAAGAGUUAUAAAAUGUGUCGCAAAAAGAAUUAUGCUACAGUGACGUUAAUUAUUUAAAAAGAAACUAUUUUUAAUUGGGCAACACAUGACAAAGUGGAUUUCCUCGCGAAUCAUUAAUUUUUAAUUGAAAACUGAUUUUUAUUUUAUAAGUUUCAUCUGUCCAGUGUCUGAACUAUUUUGUGGAAUUGUUUAGUUUUGCGGUUCUUUUUUAUUAUUCAAAAAGUAAUUGCAUUUUUAUUGGCCAGACACUGUUUCAGUUUAAUGUAUAUUUCAUUAAAACACUGAUCGUAAUUGUUACAGUAGUAUCGUCUUUCCACGAGAAGAAGGCACAGCGUGUUUAUAUCCCCACUCUUGCUGCAGUCCGCUGAUUGGCUGUCACCGAUCUUCGUCACUGUUUUCGACCAAUACCCGUGGGUCAGUGGACUGCAACAGGAGUGGGGAUGUAAACACGCCUUCUUCCCGUGGAAGAAUGGUACAUACUUGUCUCGGAAUAUUUUCAAAACAGAUUGUUAAUUCUUAUUUUCUUAUCACGUCAUCGCAUAUAGUCCGUCCUUGAUAAGGAUUCGCCCGAGAAAUAUUUCGUAUAAAUAUUUGCGUCAUCAAAUUUAUCUAUUAAUAAGAUUGCUUUCGUCAACAGUGGUCGCUAUACAGUUACGAUAUAUACAUUUCUAUUAUGAUUUCGAUUUAUUAUACUAAUGUUUUGCAACAUAGAACAAGCAAUAAAUAAAUUAACCCAUCAGGUACGGCGCAACUGCUCAAGCGAUACGAUAAAGCUUGUCUUUUAAAUUUUAUACUGAUAUUUAACUCUUUGCUGCACAGGAUUUCAGAUAAUUAAAUAGACCCAUGUUGCAUAGAAAUUUUAUUGCGUUUUAAAUUAAACGAAAUUGGUAUAGUUCUAUUAAUAAAUGUAAAAACAUAAAAAAUUCCGCUGGCAAUAAUUUAUGAACCUGUAUUGGUAUGUUGAAUGUUGCCAACACAAGUGAGAAUACAAUUGUAACAUUUGUCAAAGAUAUUACCAACUGCUUUACGUAAAUAAGACGAAAUGUGAACCUAUGCGCGCGCAUGCAGCUAUUGCAAUAUAAAAAUGUCCCGCCAUGCAUUACGGCGCAUCAAAAAGGUGGGAUUAACCCCAGCGUGCCCCAAAGAGUUAAAGAUGUUAAGAAGUAGAAAAAUAUGACAUCUGCCUACGGUUAAACGUCGACAACUGACGAAAGUUUAUGGUUCAGUAUAUUGUACACGAUACUUGAAGGGUUAAUAUUUUAAAAGAUUUCUAAAGUAUCCAGCAUUAUUUUACAACUCUAAAAGAACACAUUGGCCAUAGAUCGAUAAUGUACUUAGAUGCGACCACUCGAUGCAUGGAACGUGAAAUCGGUAAUAUCCGUCUUGACGAUAAAUAUAGAAAUGGUUAAGCACGAUGCACGAACUAUUUGCAAAAUGUGCGAACGAAUAUUCAACUAAUAAUUUUGUAUUGAACACACUCGUGGCCUUUAUUGAUAUACAUAUAUUGAAAUAAUAGAUACUAAUAUUGAAUAAUAGGAUAUAGGAAGACAUAGGGAUAUCGCGUGACUCUUUGUAUUGCAUACCUUCAACAUAAGGUAAUCGCGUGGUUCCUAGAGAAAGGUUAGGUACCUAUCGAGCAAGGGAUGAGCGGGUAUUCGACAGAUUUUCGGUUUGUUUACGAAAAUAAUUGUUUCUUUGGCUACUUAAUUCUAGAAUGGAAUUAAAAAUUUAAAUUUGAAAAGUUAUGAUAAAUCUUAUGGUCGUAAACAAGCUCUCGAAAAAGACCCCAGCCGGAGGCUUCGGGUACUCGCGCACGCCUAUUAUAAUAACGAUUCUUGAAAGCAUGGAAAGAAUGAAUGUGAGAGAGAAUGCGACAAUAAAGAAUAACGUACGGAAGAUCGAAUGGGUAGAACAUGUAUAAUCUGUGGCAGUCUGGUACGCCAUAUAAAUUUUAACGCAGUCCAUUUUUCUUUUUGUUUGUCCUCUAAAA